AUGCAUGAUUCCGUACUUGAGGCGAUUGAAAAGGGUGAUGGCGCUUUCGGCGCUACACUAGCAGAGCUUCAUGCCGUGGCUUGUGGCUUAAAGGCCUGGGUGGUCGAACGAGUUAGCAAUGGGAUCGAGACUUGCCGCCGGUUGUGCGGAAGUCACGGGUUCGCACAGUCGAGCAAUUUAGCCCAUUUAUUUGCUGAAAGUGUCGGUGCUAACACGUACGAAGGUACCUCAGACGUGCUAGUUCAACAGCAUGCACGUUAUUUACUAAAGACGCUGGCAUCUCCGCCCGUCAAUGAACGAUCUUUAAAGUUUUUAAAUCAAGUGAAGCAUUACAAUGACGAUCAACUGCAUUGCAAGGCUGAAAGCAUCACCGAUUUCGACAAUCUCGAUCUACUUGUUGAGGCGUUUCGAACAAGAGCUGCACGUAUCGUAAUGUCUCUAGCUAGACGAAUGGAUGCGACGAAGAACGAUAGCAAUGCAUGUAUGGUUCUCAUGACUCGUGCGUCCACUGCUCAUUCCGAGCUGAUUUUGUUAGAAGCUUUCAUCGACAAAGUAUCAAAUUUUCGUUCUGGUCCGGAAAAGAAUUCGGUUACUCAACUGUGUUCACUAUUUGGUGCGUGGCUAAUCACCAAAGCGUUGGGAGACUUUCGUCAACAUGACUACAUCUCAUCCGCACAAGCUGUCUUACUUCAAGAGCAAGUCGCUCAUUUACUGUCGGUUACCCGCAAGAACUGCGUGCUGCUAACGGAUGCAUGGGAUUUUAGAGACUUUGAAUUAAACUCAGCGAUUGGUCGGUAUGACGGGGAUAUCUAUCGUGCUCUAGUGAAAUGCACCGCUGAUGAACCCUUGAACAAAAUGCAAGUGCCUGAAGGCUAUGAAAUGUUUGUGAAGCCACUAAUCCAGUCUGGAUUGUAG